AUGGCCUCGGACAGCCUCUGGGACUACAUCCAGUGGGAGGACGCCGCCCUGGUCACCCGCAAGGCGCCCGCGGCGCACGCCGCGGACGCCCUGAUCUCUGCGGCGCAGGCCCGCUGCGACGGCAGCCUGCCGGACGACACGAGCGCGCUUGUGCUGGACGUGCGGCCGGCGGUGCGCUCGGGCGAAUUUUUUAAGAGGGCGGAUCGGUCGCCCAAGAAGAGCGGGGGUCCGCGGUGGGGCCGGGCGCUGUCGUCGGCCCUCGGGGCCCUGGUGUGCGGCGGCGCGCGGACGGCGGGCAGGGCGGAUGGGGGGAUUUCGGAUGGCGACAGGCUACGGGUGGUGGCGGAGGUGGACGGCCUGGAUCUGGUGAAGGCCACCGCGGGGGAUGAGAGCUCCAGGUUGGAAGGGCUGACCCCCAAGUCGACCGAGCAAUCCGCGAAGAAGGUCGCCCACAGGCCGCCGCGGGCCACGCCGCGCACCCCGAUCAAGGGCUCCCGGGGCCCCGGCCGGCGGCCACCCACCAACAGGAGCAAGUCCCGGUCCAGCGGGUCCAGCGGGUCCAGCGGCUCGGUGGACCUGCUCAUAAUGUACGGCCGGUCCGCGCGGCGCAGCACGUCAUGCCCGGACAUGGCCUUGCCUGAUGACGUCAGAAAGGGGUCCGGAUCCGGAGACUUGUCGAUGUCCGUGGAGUGCUGCAAGCCCGUAGGGGGGUCGGGGGCCGUACGGGCGUCUGACAGGAGCCUGCGGUCCAUAGCUAUGAAGGCGUCUCAUGGUGACCCAGGUGCCGCCAUGUUCAUGGCGAGGCCCCAGAGGGGCCUCGGGGCCCGGGCCAGUGGGACCAAGGGGAGGGCGGGCGGCCACGACGCAGACAAGCAGUCCGUGUCCGCCCAGCUGGCGACCAUCCUCAAGCGCCUGUCGGCGGAACUGAAGGCCGGACGGCAUUGA